CGAGCUUCCGUACUCAGGAAGUAGUAGGCUGUUAGCUUUGUUAGCUUAACUUGUACAACACAAGGGCAGAGGAUCUUUGGAGUUAUUUUAGCAACUUGUACUGUUUGGAUUUAUUUAUAAAAACCCAUUCAGUUGUUUUCUCUACCGCGAAUCUGAAGAUGCCUCCCAAACCUCUGGAACCUCUGGCCAAGAGACUCAUGAAGGGAGUGAUCGCUCUGGAGCUGCUGGGCGUCUUCGGGGCUUACGGUCUGUUUCACAUGAUGAACAACAGUCAAGAUUUCAGGAACACCAUGAACAGGAGGUUUCCAUCAGUGCUAGAAGAUCAUGAUGUCAUCUUUCAUCAGCUGACUGGAUCUGAAAACCACUUUCUGCUCGUCUGCUUCCUCCCAGUUUACUACCAGUCCAACGAGUGGGCGGGGGUCUACGGCAUCCGAGAGAGAGACCACGAAGCCUGGUCGGCCAAACAGGACUGAAGCGGUCACCGUCAGUCGGUUCAAAGUCCACAACAACAAACACGCAGCGGCUGCUACUUCUUCCUCUUCUUGUUGCUGAGCGUCUUGCCUCCUGGCCUGGCUCGUCCGAACAUCUUCUUCUUGUUGAACAUGGUCUUCUUCUUGCGCAGCGUCUUGGCGUCGCGCCCGUGGACCCAGUCGUCGCGCUGAGCCUCCCACUUCAGCUGCUUCAGGCCUGCGGGGACAAACAGGAAGUGUUAGAAAAGACAAGGAAAGGAUGUCGACAUUACUGCCUGGAUCUGAUGCGAGCACGCAGUGGGAAGAGAUUCUAACGAUACGGUUGGUGUGGUGAAUAUUUCUUAUUGUCAACAAAUCCCAAGAAAAGACCAAAACCAACAAUGUGUUAGCCUGACUUCCUGUCUGCGGCUCUCAGCUUGUAGCCCAUUGGUUCCUACUCAAGAUGUAAAUCUUUAAAAUGGCUCAGGAAUUUACUAAAGCAGCUGGUCACUGUAUUUUUUAAUUAAACAUUACUCAAACAGGAGGAAAUAGUGCAUUUGUUGGGGACUAUUUUCAGCGGCGGAUGAAUCCACAUUUGGUGCUCUAGUGAGUAUUUGGGGCAGCAGGACGGUGUGUGGGAGUCAGAAUAAACUAGGAAGAAGACAUAUCAGGCUUUGACAUACAAACAAUACUUGUUAGUAGAUAGUCAGUGUUGGUUUUCAUCUUUUGAUGGGAUUUAUUAAAAAUAUAUAAUAUCACCAGACUUAUCUUAGAAGAUUUAUCUUGAGAGAAAUUCCAGCAUUUGUCAACCUGGGUCUUGUUCUCAUUUUAGUCCAUUUUCAAUGAUGACAUUUUACUCACCAUCUCUGUUGUAGAGAUUUUGGGAAACAUGAUGGCUGCAGUCCCCCCCAGCACCACUCAGGCUGCUUAACUCACUUACAGACAACUUCAAAACGUUGCUGUGGGGCCUCUCUGCUAAGAACAAGAGCAGGCCCACUAUCCAGAAGCAGGUGACUAGCAACUUGCUGGAUCAAGCAAACUCCUGCUAUUUCCUAAACAUCAAGCGGACCCUCAUUCAGUUCGGGCAGUGUCGGUCCACCAUGCCUGCAAGUUUGUGGGCAUAGAUUUCGAGCAGGACCUGGUGGGAGUCGGGGGACCCUCUUCUCCACGCUUGGGAUGCACGAGGCCACAAACUUUCAGAGCAAUCUGGACCAACAGAUCGUGGAUGUUGCCAGACCACAUUGUCUCCUACAGAUGCCAUUUAAGCAUCCGGUGAGUGGUGCCAUGUCACCCCCAAACAGCCAGAUUGCCCUCCUCUCCAGGGCAGGGACCUACCUGUCCCACAGUUUGCUACAGCAGCUCCUGGGGACGAUUUUGUCUUUUACUGACGUUUUUUGGAAAGCCGUAGGCCGCUUGCUCUCCGUGAUUCCCAAAUCUUUACAACAGAGCUCGAGAGUGAAAAUGUUAUCAUGACCAAUAAUCACAAUAGACAGAAAUAUGAGAAUAUGGCCCUUGUUGACAAACACUGGACUUCUCUCUUCAAGUAUAAAUGAGGCUCCUGAGCUGGGAGAAGUAGUGUUUUUAUUUAAAAAAAAAAAAAAAAAAAAAAGUGCAGUGACUGCUGUUGUCCAACUGAUCUGUGAUUUUUGUCUCUGUGGAGAAGUUUUAUUAAACCUGGCUGGUAUCCAGCAAACUGAAUAAAAACCUUUCGGUUGUUUUCUGGC